CGUGUUUAACUCAUACAAGCUCCACACAGCCAUCUGUGCUGAUAAUUAACAUAGAAGGCAGCGUGUGCUACAUACCUCGAGCCAGCUAGGAAGCGGUGGCGGCAACCAAGGUGAUCGGCAUCUUAAUUAUUUAGCUGAAAGCAGGUCACGCCCGACAUGCAGAAGGUUACAAUUAGCAAUGUCUGGCACCGCCCCCUCGUCCUGAUACAAAAGGAAACUUUAAAAAAUAAACCAUUAGAAGAGACUGCAGUGGUGCGCGUCAAAGCGCCACUAGAAGCUACCAGCCGUGCCCUCAUCAACCUAGUCAUAGUGAUUGAUGUCAGCUGCAGCACGGCGGGGGAAGCAGCACUGUCGGCAAAGAAGCCGUCGAAGCUGUAUCUGCUGAAAAAAGCCUUGAGGUUUAUCAUAAGACAGCUUCGUACCGGUGACCAUCUCACCCUUGUGUUGAAUGACAACCUUACCCCUGAGAAUUUUAUAAUCUCCGAAGAUAUUCAGAAAUAUGCUGAAAAAAAGGUGGACGAGCUCUUGGCCAUGGAUGACACCGCGUUUAAACCCCGUUUAGAGGUUGCCGUAAAGAUCUUGGAUAAAGUAAAUAAUGGAGAGCAUAAGAAGCAUUUAUGCUUCAUCGUUCUCCUGUCCGAUGGGCUAGACGACAGCAAGUUCAACUGGAAGGACGGCAAGAACCUCGCCGAUGGUGAACACCUCAAGAAGUAUCCAGUCCACACCUUCGGCUUGUGCAAGGCUCACGACCCAGAGGCAUUGUUCCGCAUCGCCAAAGAAUCCCAAGGAACCUACUCAUCCAUUACCGAGAAUCUCAGCAGCAAGAUCAUUGAAGCCCUCGCUGUCUGCCUCGUUGGGCUCAAGAACGUCGUGGCCAAAAAUACUGUCGUCACGAUCACUGCCAAGAAUUAUAGAGCAUGGUCAACAGAGAUAACGGGAAUCUACUAUGGAGGUUAUUAUUACGAUACAAGCCCCAUCGACAUUGGCGUCCUUUACGCCGGUGAGGUGAAGGACUUGGUCGUUCACUUCAAAGUAAAAGUUCGUUAUUUGGAGCAGGGUGCUAGUACAUAUGCACCGCUUAGUGCUAAAGGAAAUUAUGAUAAUCCUGACGGGAAGGUCAUCAUCAUUAAGGAAUGCAAGCCGGAAUUUUCGGUUUACGCGCGCCUGAUCGAAACGCCCAUUGACGAAAGGCCUUUGCUUCCCUUCCCCGUGGUCCGGCUGCAGAUGGCCCGGAUCGAACUGUUGAAGGAUGUCAUGGCCAAAUCCCUAAAGGAAUUCGAAGACUGGAAGAAGCCGGCCAAGGGUGCUAAGGACAAAGGCGAUGUCCUGGAGACUGCGGCGUACCAGUAUCUGGAGAAAGAGUGGAAGAAUUUCAAGGAAAGCAACAAGUCCUGGAAGAAUGCACAGGAGAUCGGCCUCGACCUGGAGCACUUCGAGAACGACAUUGAAGCGAUGCUGAGCAGCCUGAAGCGCCUUGGAAUGGGCUGCGUCUACUCCUGGGUGUCUAGCUACGAGAUGCAGCGCGCCACGACCACGGGCUUGCCAACAACCGCGUUCCUCACGCCGAAAAUGCAGGCAGAGGUGCAGAAGGCACUGGAGAAGUCGGCGGAGGGCUCUACGUCCUCUGCGGCAGGCAGCACGCACCCGUCGCCGCCGGGGGAGGAGAGCGGCAAAAGCAACCACGCCAUCCAGCUAUUAAACUGGUUGGACAAUCAGUUGGAGCGAUGCUCCGAGCUGGACCAGUCGGUGCCGCCUGCAGCCAAGCCGUCGUCGAAGCAGAAAGGCGCCAAGGCCCGCGACCUCACCGACUACAUGCAGCGCCACAUGUACAAGGCCGCUGUGCAGACAAUUAACGAGUGGCGGGUCUCGUCCGGCAGCGGGAAACAGCCGCAUUACCUUGGAUCCGACAAGGGCGAGCAUGAAAGUGCCGCCGGUGCAGGCACACACCACAGCCAACAGAACCCCGCGAGAGAAGCUGCAGGGCCAAAAGCAAAAGGCCAUGAAAAAUCGGGUGACGGGACCUCACGGUAACGCGCCCCCUCCCACUCUCGAGACAAAAUGAUUUGAAGACGGGAUCGAUAGGCAAGACAGUGAUCGAGUUAUCUUCGUUUUUCGUCGUCGCCUCUCUCCCCCCUGUCCAUUUUAUUUCCCGUGUAUGAAAAAUGGUUGUUCUACUGUUAGUCGUGAUCAGCUGCGGCUUGCCUAACUUAUAUUGCUGCUUGAUCAGCAUGAUCAAGGGCUAGUAUACGUGUGUAAGUGAACUCCACUAUAUAUGUUUGUUUCUGAA